CCACCAAAUGGAAUACAAUGAAUCAAAUUACAUCUCUAUCAAAGUUUCUGUCUUUUGUUUUUUGUGAUAUUUUAUUAGGGUUUGAAAAUUAGAUUCGAUCGUAUCGCUUCCUCUCUCGAUCUUAACCCCUUUCGCCAUUAUCAUCGAUUCUUCUUCUUCCUCUUAUUAUUAUUUUCAUUUAUAACUUCGUCUAUUUACAACUAUAUAAAUUAUUCAUUCAUCAUUCUCAUUAGGGUUCGAAUUACUUAUCCUCAAGGUCGAUUAGAUUUUACCAUUUCUUAAAUUUCGAAGCUCCUUUAGCUUCUUCUUCUCGUGAAUGAACUAAAGGGGGCAUUUUUUAAAAAAAUUUUAUUUGUAAAAUUGGGUGAGGCACAAUGUUUGCUUCGGGCAUGGAUUCUGCACGAGAAGCUGGUGGUGCUGGAGUUGCGGGUACGGUCUUAAUGCGGUUUGUGUGGCCUCACGGUGGUCGAAGUGUAUUUCUCAGCGGUUCCUUUGACAGAUGGACCAGGCUUGUGCCUAUGUCUCCGAUGGAAGGUUGUCCUACUGUAUUUCAAGCCAUUUGCAGCAUAACACCCGGGUAUCACCAGUAUAAAUUUUUGGUUGAUGGAGAAUGGCGGCAUGAUGAACGCCAACCUUGCUUAACAAGUGAAUAUGGGGUGGUGAACACUGUCUUAUUCACUGGGGAAUCCAAUUUUAAUCCUGUCAUAGGUCCAGAGGUGCCAUUGGGUAUGGAAUUGGACAACGAGACUUUUAGACGUGUGGUCCAUGUAUCAGAUAACACAGCAAGUGAUGUGGUAACAAGGAUAUCGGAGGCUGACUUACAGGUCUCUCGUCAUCGGAUUUCUGUAUUUUUGUCUACACACACGUCAUAUGAGUUACUUCCCAAGUCAGGCAAGGUAGUUGCAUUGGAUGUUGAUCUACCAGUAAAGCAAGCAUUUCAUAUUUUGUAUGAGCAGGGAAUCCCCAUGGCGCCUCUUUGGGACUUCAGCAAGGGCCAGUUUGUUGGAAUGCUUAGUGCAUUGGAUUUCAUUUUAAUUUUGAGAGAGCUUGGAAAUCAUGGAUCAAAUUUGACAGAGGAAGAGCUUGAUACACACACCAUAUCUGCCUGGAAAGAGGGAAAAGCAUAUCUGAAUAGACAGAUUGAUGGGCAUGCGAGGCCAUUUUCUAGACGUAUCAUCCAUGCUGGGCCAUAUGACAAUUUGAAAGAGGUUGCUUUGAGAAUAUUGCAAAACGAGGUGGCUACAGUUCCCAUCAUCCAUUCCUCUUCAGAAGAUGGUUCAUUUCCCCAGCUACUGCAUCUUGCUUCACUCUCUGGAAUACUUAAAUGUAUUUGCAGGUAUUUUAGACAUUGUUCUGCCACUUUGCCCAUACUCCAACUGCCAAUUUGUGCAAUCCCAGUAGGUACAUGGGUUCCAAAAAUUGGAGAAUCUAACAGGCGCCCUUUGGCAAUGUUGAGACCAAGCGCUCCACUUAGUUCAGCUUUAAACUUGUUGAUCCAAGCUCAAGUAAGUUCAAUACCAAUAGUUGAUGAUAAUGACUCGUUACUAGAUAUAUAUUGUCGAAGUGAUAUAACUGCUUUGGCAAAAGACAGAGUCUAUACGCACAUUAAUAUCAAUGAAAUGACUAUUCAUCAGUCUUUGCAAUUGGGACAAGACUCAUACACUCCAUAUGAAUUGAGAAGUCAAAGAUGUCAAAUGUGUUUGCGUUCCGAUACAUUGCAAAAAGUAAUGGAGAGACUGGCAAACCCAGGUGUAAGACGGCUCAUAAUUGUGGAAGCUGGCAGCAAACGUGUAGAAGGCAUUGUUACCCUGAGUGACAUCUUCAAAUUCUUGCUUGGAUAGUUUAAAGUGACCAUGAAAGUUUUAAUUGGGAAGAGAUUGUGCAGUGGUUUUAUGACUGAUGGCAAAUGUUUUUGCUGCAUCUCCUGCCUUGUUCCAAGGAAGACCCACUUUCCACGGUCACUUCGAUCCCAUUUCUUUGAAGUCUACCAUUUGAUUGACCCUGUGCUUGGUAGCCUAACUUUUAGAAUUUAGGCUGAAAAGAGGGGUAUGCAAUGUGAGAGCUGAUUCUCUCCUGAUUCCCUAAUUUGUUCAUCUCCCCGUCCUUUUUACUGAAAACUACUGCGAGCCAUUGAUGUAAAUUUCAUGUAUUUGGGGAGCAUGGGACGUGUAAUAGUUCUAUGCUGCUUCUUUUAAGUAGUAAAAAGAGAUGGGGAGGAGCAACAUUAAAAUGAAAUACUCUCCUAUGUUAGUCUGUGAUUGGUCCUUAGAAAAUUUGACAGGGUUGUAACUGCCUUAAUUUCUUUUCCAUUUUUCUUUCAUCCUUUUUCCUUACCCCCCCCCCUCCUUCCUUUAUGUGUUACUGGUUGGAGUUUUAUACCAGCAGGAGAAAGUUUAAAAUUUGCAUUUUCUUGCUCGUGAGGCAGCAAUAGAGAACUGAUGAUGUUGAUUACCGGUUUCUAGCUGCUAAAUGUGAGAUUUCAAGUUUGUGAUAAGGGGGUGAAUGGGAGAAGGAACUUAUGUUAUGAUAGAUGUAGUCAAAUUAGAUUACUAUUAUAAUUAUAAUUAUAUUGUAAUUAACAUCAAUUUGCUGAUAAACCUGAUGGUCUAGAUGCUAAUUUUAUACUUUAAAUCUUUCAAGUA